AUGUCGGAUACAGGUACGGACAUGAAUCUGGACCAGUUCAACAAUCCUUCCAGUCCCUUUUAUCUCCACCCAGGAGAGAACUCAGGCACUGUUCUUAUUUCCCAAGUUCUUAAUGAAUCUAACUAUACUUCUUGGAGCAGAAAUAUGAGAAGGGCUCUCCUCUCCAAAAACAAAUUAAAAUUCAUAGAUGGAGGAAUCAAGAAGCCACAAAGAGAUGAUCCUUUUUUUGACUUUUGGGAAAGAAGCAAUAUGAUGGUGUUAUCUUGGAUUAUCAAGACUUUAUCACCUCAAAUAGCAGAGAGUGUGAUAUAUGUGGAGGAUGCUCAAGAACUGUGGGAAGAAUUAAAAGAAAGGUUCUCCAAAGGAGAUCAUUUUAAAUUCUCAGAUUUACUCCAAGAAAUCCACUCUAUUAAACAAGGAGAAAGAAGUGUCAACCAAUAUUUUACUGAUCUAAAAAUCCUAUGGGAGGAGUUGGAGUUUCUCAGACCCAUCCCAUACUGUAGCUGCAAAAUCCCUUACAGUUGUGACCUAUCCAGAAUUUCUCACAAAUAUAGAGACAUGGAGCAUGUUAUCUGUUUCUUAAAGGGCUUGAAUGAGUCUUACAAUACUGUCAAGACACAAAUUUUGCUUAUGGAGCCUUUACCCAGCAUUAAUCGUGUAUUUUCUCUCAUCAUACAGCAGGAAAGACACGACCCCAUUCUCACCCAUCAAAAUGACAACAAAAUUUUGGCCAACACCACUGAAAAACAGAACCAGUGGAAGAGUGACCAAGGCUGGAGGACUUAUGGACGAGGAAAUCCCUCUAGAAGUCAAGGAAGAGGGAGAGGGAGAAAUCCCAACUAUGGGAAAUAG